AAAAAAUUUAAAGAGUUUCAGUGAUUUACCGUUAUCCUUAUUCAAAGUGAAUAUAAGGUCGUUUUUUGAUUACCUGAACAGUUUGUCUGGUAAAUGUACCUAUUUCUAAUCGUUUUCUAGGAGCUGAUUGAGAAAACCGUAUAAGGCUAUGCCAAACAUGUCAAGGAAAUAUUUGAAGUCAAUGCACAAGUUUUAUUUUUUUUGCAUUAAGUUUGAUUACUAUUUAUAAUUCUUGAUUCUAUUUUUAACUGUGAAGUGUUUUAAAAGCCAACUACAAUGAGAAUUUUUAAGAAGUUAAGGUGAACAUAACCAUUAAAUAUUAACUUAAUUUUCUUGUUACAAUGGCUUCUAUUUCCAAAAGAUCAUGGAAAUUCCAGGACUUUAUGGCCCACAAUUCCAAUGUGAAUUGUCUGGCUCUGGGACACAAGUCAGGUAGAGUUAUGGUUACUGGAGGAGACGACAAAAAAGUCAAUCUUUGGGCAAUAGGAAAGCAAAGUUGUUUUAUGAGCCUGAGUGGUCACACGACCCCUGUCGAUUGUGUUCAAUUUAAUCAACUUGAAGAGCUAGUAUGUGCUGGCUCAAGGGCUGGUGCACUCAAAGUGUGGGACUUGGAGGCAGCAAAACUAGUUCGAACUCUAAAUGGUCACAAGUAUGCAAUCAAGUGUAUUGAUUUCCAUCCGUACGGCGACUUCCUAGUUUCGGGUAGUGCAGAUAGCUCCAUUAAAAUGUGGGACACUCGAAAGAAAGGAGUGCUCUUUACUUACAACGGACACAAGGGAACAGUAAACAGUGUCAAGUUCAGCCCUGAUGGGCAGUGGAUAGCUACAGGAGGCGAAGAUUCCACACUAAAAAUAUGGGAUCUUAGAGUGGGUCGGGUUCUAAAAGACUUUCGUGAACAUAUGAAUCCUGUAACAUGUGUAGAGUUCCAUCCCCAUGAAUUUUUGCUAACCAGUGGCAGUAUUGACCAAUCAGUCAACUUUUAUGAUUUGGAGAAUUUUAAUUUAGUUUCAACUGAGAACAAUGUUGGUGCGGUGAGGUGUUUGUGUUUUAAUCCAGACGGUGAGUGCUUGUUCACUGGUACUAGAGACUACUUGAAAAUUAUCGGAUGGGAGCCGAACAGACUGUAUGACUCUGUUCCUGUAUUUUGGGGCAGAGUUAGUGACAUUUCUACAGCUUCAAAUCAAUUGAUCGGCGCCUCGUUUCACCUGACCAACGUCCAAGUUUACGUAGUUGACCUGAAGAAGUGCAAGCCUUUCGGCUCUUCCGUAUUAGAUUCGUGUCCGACGAAUCCCUUCACUCCCAACCAGAGUAUUAGAAAAAGUUUUUCCAAAGCAGACAGACCGCCGAGUUUGAGCAGCCGCACCUUGGACGUGAAAACAAUUGAAGAAAGCACCUCUGGUACGGAUCCGGAAGAGGAAUCGACCGCGGAUAUUACCAACGUCAAGGAUUACAACGAAAUAUUUCGAGGAAGAGGACUGCAGCGGACUCCACCACCAGAUCCAGAGCCUUUCCAGGAACCAGAAAAGGAUAGUCCUGAUCCCUCAGAACCCCAAGUUCUUGGAGAUCUGAUUACUGACAGUUUUGAAGCUCUCUCGCUUGACAACGACAUCAAUAACUACAAAAAUGACCCUUCACAAGAUAAUUCCAAGCACUAUUCUCGGUCGAAGUCUAAUUUGGAUCAGGUUUAUAAUAACAGACAACAGAACAGAGAAAAUAUUUUACCAAACAUUAACAAAACGAAGCCAUCGACGAAGUUUGCAUUACAACGACAAAGUAGUUAUAAAGACGUGCCUGAAAAGGUACCCAAAGCUGGGAAUAUAAAGCACAGCGUGUCCGAAGCUAAUAUUACUAAAGGGUCAGUUUCUUCAAGAAAUUCAUCGAGGAAAAACUCUUUUUCUAAACCUAGUCGUAACUCAAGUGUACCUAACGUAUCAAAGAUACCUAACCUGAAUAGUGCCAGAAUAAUAGAAAAGGGUCCCGUCAAACCGAUAAUGCUGUCGCCAGUGGAUAUAUACGUAAAUUCUAGAAUAUCACCCGAAGAGAAACCUGUCGAGGAAGAUGAAGAUUUUUAUCCCAUGUCCAUUGAUAAACCAGUAGGAUUAGAUCUAGACGAUUUUCUUCCUAAGAAUCACAACACGAUGGGUUUUCAACAACAGCUGCCGUCAAUGUCGGAAGCGGAAGUGUUAGGUGUAGUCAUGAGAGGUCACGAUCCCAUGAUGGGUAUCUUGAAUACGCGACAAAGGAGCCUGAAGCUGAUCCUAGCCCAGUACAGAAGCAAAGAUAUGAAAUCUGCCAUCGAAAUGGCAUUGGCGAUGGACGAAGCAGCAAUUCUUGUAGAUAUUCUUGGAGUUAUAAAUAAUAAAUACUCUUUGUGGAAUCUCGAUCUGUGUGUUUUGAUAUUACCGAAGAUAUUAGACUUACUACAAAGUAAAUAUGAGACGUAAGUACAGU